AACCAACUGGCCGGCCCAUUUUUUUUCUUUUUCCACAUCCAUCCAUAUCUUUUGUCUCCAUCCUCUCCAUACCAAGUCCUUGCACUGUGCAAAUCUAGGUUUUAGGGUUUCAAGUUCUAGAUGUUUCGACGUUGUGUAAGGUAUGGGCAGUGUCAAGGGUCGUGGUUCUCAUCUUGGAUCGUUCGCCAGCGUAGUUUGAUUACAGAGGUUCUACAAUCGUUCCACUGCAGUAGUUGGGUGCUGUUUUAGGUUAAAUUUUUAGGGCUUUUGGGGGGAGAGAGUGUGUGUUGGGAACCAGGGUUUUGAGGGAUUGUGUAGGAUGGUGCGGAAGGAGGAUGCGGGGGCUGCGGCUGGGAGUGGAAAGGCCAAGGCAGGAGGAGGUGGAGGAAAUGUAAAGAAAGAGCGUGUGUCGGUUUCUGCAUUUCUGAAUAGCUUGGACAAGGCGAAGGAGGACAAGCCGGCGAAGAAGCCGACUGCGAGCUCCAAGGUGCCGAAGAAGGCACCUGCUCCAGCAUCAAGUGCGUAUGGUGACAUUGAUCUGCCGCCUGAGGAUGAGGAGGACGAGGGGAUGGAUAGUGAGGAGGAGGCGGCGUUGGCUUUGAAGAGGGGCGAGCGGAAGGGGUUGGAUUUAACGGUGACGGAUAAAACUUCGAAGAAAAAAGCGAAGAAAGAGAUGAUGGUUGCUGCGGCUGUAGAAAUGUCGAAACAGGAAACAAUGAAAGGCGAUAAGAAUGCGUUUUCUGUUACGAUUGGUGCCAAGUCAGCUGCGUUGGAAGGAGAGGAGAAUACUACGGGGGCCAGUAUGAAGGAUAUUAAAAUCGAAAACUUCUCGGUCUCUGCUCGUGGUAAGGAAUUGCUGAAGAAUACGUCGAUUACCAUUGUACACGGUCGGCGGUAUGGUCUUGUUGGUCCCAAUGGGACGGGAAAAUCUACUCUGCUCAAGCUUUUGGCUUGGCGACAAAUUCCCGUUCCGAAGAACAUAGAUGUGUUGUUGGUGGAGCAGGAGGUUGUUGGAGACGAGAAAACGGCUCUAGAAUCGGUGGUAUCUGCGGAUGAGGAACUGAUACGACUUCGGGAAGAGGCUGCAAAGCUGCAGAGCCACUCUGAUACCAAUAACGGCUACGACGAUGAUGAAGCUGAUGAUGUCGGGGAACAGUUGACUGUUCUGUAUGAAAAAAUGCAGGCACUUGGGACGGAUGCCGCGGAGGCAAGAGCCUCAAAGAUCUUGGCUGGUUUAGGGUUUUCCAUAGCUAUGCAAGGUAGGGCAACGAAGUCCUUCAGUGGAGGUUGGCGAAUGAGAAUCUCGUUGGCCAGGGCUCUGUUCAUGCAGCCUACCCUAUUGUUGCUGGAUGAGCCCACCAAUCACCUAGAUUUGAGAGCUGUUAUGUGGCUCGAGCAGUACUUGGAGAGGUGGAAAAAGACCUUGAUUGUUGUAUCCCACGAUCGUGACUUCUUGAAUUCAGUAUCAACUGACAUUAUCCAUCUGCAUGACCAGAAGCUGCUUACAUAUAAGGGGAAUUUCGCAGCUUUUGAGGAGAUGUAUGAGCAGAAGCGUCGUGAAAGUAAUAAGAAAUACGAGGUUUUUGAAAAGCAGUUGAAGGCUGCAAAGAGGAGUGGAAGUAAGGCACAGCAAGACAAGGUCAAGGAACGUGCGAAAUUUAAUGCCGGAAAGGAUGCCAAUUCGAAGGGUAAAUCUAAAGCUGCUGCUGAUGAUGAUGAGGCUCCUGCAGAGGCCCCAAAGAGGUGGCGGGAUUACAAUGUCGAGUUUCAUUUUCCGGAACCCACGGAGCUGACACCCCCAUUGUUGCAACUGAUCGAUGUUGGCUUCGGUUACCCUGGUCGCCCAGAUUUCGCUCUUAAGGGUAUUGAUGUUGGUGUGGACAUGGGUACACGAGUGGCAAUUGUAGGUCCGAACGGUGCUGGAAAAUCGACGCUUUUGAACCUUUUGGCUGGAGAUCUUCAACCUACAGAAGGGGAGUCUAGACAGAGUCAGAAGCUUCGAGUGGGUCGAUACUCUCAGCACUUCGUAGAUUCUUUGACAAUGGACGAGACCCCAGUUCAGUACCUUUUGCGGCUCUAUCCAGACCAAGAAGGUCCCAGUAAACAAGAAGCCGUGAGAGCCAAACUUGGAAAGUUUGGGUUACCCAGUCAUAACCAUCUUACUCCCAUUGUGAAGCUCUCAGGAGGACAGAAAGCUCGGGUUGUUUUUACUUCAAUUUCAAUGGCUCGGCCACACAUUUUACUGCUCGAUGAGCCUACCAAUCAUCUUGACAUGCAGAGUAUUGAUGCCUUGGCCGAUGCCUUGGACGAAUUCACUGGAGGUGUUGUUCUUGUUAGUCACGAUUCUCGGUUGAUAUCUCGUGUUUGUUCGGAAGAGGAGAAUAGUGAAGUGUGGGUUGUGGAGGAUGGAAAAGUCAGGAAGUAUCCUGAUAGUUUCGAUGAUUACAAGAAAGAACUCACGGAGGAGAUUAGAGCCGAGGUGGAAGAUUAGAAUCAAUAACCCCUCAACUUCUCUCCCACUCAAUAUCAUAUGUAACCUAGUAUUGAACCUGUGGUGCUGAACAAGCUUGACUCAUUGCCAUCGGAAAGACCGACGAACCCCGCCAUUGGAAAGACAAUCCAGAGUUUAUAUCUCUUAUGAUUUGUGAUGAAAGUCUCAAACCUAUACUACAUGAAGCUAGAAUUGCUGGUUCUUGGAUUUUCCCAACUUGAGGCACAACUUGUGUAUUUGGCCAAAAAAUUGCAGAUAUAUUUCGAAAUUGGUAAUCUAAUGAGGUCCUCUAGGUGAUUUUUGUCGCUUCCUCGAAGUGUAGAAUUUGUAUAUCCGACAUGUCAGUCUACUAAUGAAGAUGAGCGAUACAGGUUAGAAUAAGGCUAGUUUUGUGUAAUAGACAGUCCUAAGACUGUGUACAGAUACUGGAUGACAUUAGCUUGAUGAAAUAAGAAAGGAUUUUUUGUAGUUUUUCAAGUUUUAUGUAAUGAGUUUUUGCAUUUA